GGGGAGAGGGUGGCGGCGGGGUGGAGUGUGGUCGGUGGGGAAGGGUGCGAAGGGGAGGGGAGGGCAAAGAACAACAAUCAAGGCUCAGUUUGGGCCCCUCCCGGCGCUCUGGGGCCCCCGGCGCGAAGGGGUCCGCGGUCUGGGGUCCGGGCGCCCCUCUGCCCCGCUCCCUCUUCCACUCUUGUCCCUCACUUUCCUAAAACCGCCCCGGCUCGGCUCUCGCCAGCUACAGCGGUGGCGGCAACGACGGCAAAGUGGCGGCUGAGGCCGAGACACCUCGUGAGCUCCUGUCCAUGCCGGGCCGGAGGCAGGGAAAGGCCGGGAGUGGGGGGAGUCGGGGCGCCCCGAGAACGCAGAGGCGACCGACGGCGGGUUCCGGCUCAACUCUUGCUGGAAGCCGUGCGUGUUGUAGUUGGCCCAAUUUUCUUUUUGGGGGGGUGGCUGGUAGGAAGGGGGCCAGACGGGCGUGCGGGUGGGCGAUUCUUAGCUCUCCGAAAGCUGGGACCCCUUCGGUUAUCCGCGCUGCCCGGAGAACUCCUAGGCUAACAGUCUAUGCCUGUAAACCCGGCUGGAGAAUCCCCCCCUCCCGCCCCGCCCCGCUCCGCUCCACCCGGGGCCCCCGGUGCACCCGCUCCCCGCAUGCCGAGCCCCGAAGUUCGGACCUGGUCGCCCCUUCCAGCGCGGGGCGGCCCCGAGGAUGGUGGGGGAAAAGUGGGGCCACCCGGGGGGUUCCGAGCCGGGCAGCGGGCGCAGUCGCUUUAGCUCCAGCAACUCUGAGAAGUUCAAGUUGGAAGGCAGGUGCUGGGGCAGGGGGUGGGGGCUGCUCGACCGGCCCGGGUGCGGCGCCCCGCGGGGUCUCGGCUCGCCCCCCUCCCGGUAGCCCGCAGCAGCCGCUCGCUUCCGAACCCGGUCUGAGCCGCCCGCAUCUAGGAGGAGCAGGGUGGGGUGGGGAGGCGAGGAGAGACGGAGCGGCCCGGUCCUUAACCUGUAAUUGCACCUUCCAGGACGCAGCGGAAAGGGACCCUCUGCCCGCCUCCCGCCGGCCCGCCCGGGAGAGCCGCCGCCUCCCGGCUCCGAGGGAUCCCGCCGGAGCUGCGCCUUCCUUCCCCGCUCUGCGGCUCACUCUGCCCUGCCUGCUGCCGGUCCUGGAUCGCCGGCUUCCCAUUUCUCCCGGCCCCUGCUCCGCUCCACUCACUUUACCAUCCCGAGCCAGGCUGGCGACUUCGCUGCUGAGCUGAAACUGCUAAUUUCUGUGACCAGCUUUUUUCUUAGCUGUGAUCUGGAUGAAUGAGUAGCUGUCUCACAGAGAUGACAAAAAUAAACUCCAAUCCCCCCCAAA